GGAGCUAACUAGUCUCGUUUACGCGCUUUUGAUAUAGUUGUCAAUACUGAAGAUGCGUCCGGACCAAUCAAGAUCAUGGAUGGAUUACUAGCAGAUUUCUGUUUAUCAGCAACAUGCAAUUUGGAAACCAUGAAAUAUUCAGGGAAGUCUUCACUCCCAAAUAUGAAAAUUUACUCAAGUCUUCUAGAUGCAUGCAAGAAUGCACCUACGGUGAAAAUGGAAGAAAACGCUAGUAAAUUACUGCAAGUUUACUACAUGGCAAUGAGGCGUUCAUCUGUUCGAGAUCGAAAAACAGCUCCAGCAUCCGCAUUGCUGACAUUAUUUAAGUUGGCUAAGAGUAAUGCUAAAAUUAACGGGCGCAUUGUUGCGAACGAACUUGAUGCUACUGUCGCAAUUUAUAUCUACGACACUUUUAUUUCAAAUCAGACAGGUACAAACUACCUUGGGUCGAAAUCAUUUCACUAUAUCACUGGAAUGGAACAAGAUUCAAUGGAAGAACUGAAUAACAUCCUGGUAUCAAUAAACAAGCAACUGAAGGAUUUAAUCAAUGUUGCCAUGGAUGAAAUGUAACCAAGAUUAUUGUCUGUCGCGGUGCACGUUUUGCUAAAAAGUAGAUUUAUUCAAUAGAGAUUAUUAAUUUGGAUAUAUAGUUGUAGAAC